UUCAUUCAGAUCUAGGAUGUGUUAUUUUAGUGUUCCCUUUAUUUUUUUGAGCAGUGUACUUUACGUUCAUGGUUUUACACUGCGAGCUUCAUGGGAGCUGCUGGGGGGGCGUGUCACCUGAAAGCUGCCGGCUGUUUGUUAUUUCCUUUUAAAUCCUGUCUCAUCUGGCCCGUGUUCACCUGUGUUAGAGACAUUUGCUCUGUCGGCUGCUGGAAGUCCCCGAGUUUCAGGUUAAACACUGCGUCUGGACACGCCGCUACACGAAAAUGCUGUCAGACCGGUCUCACAGUCACAUGACCUGCUCUGAUUGGCUGAAAGAACCUGGACACACCUGAGAGAAGUUGGAGAGGUGAUCCUGAUGGGUUUGGACUCGGCUGGGAAGUCGACUCUGCUGGCUAGACUGCUGACCGGACAGGUAAUGGAGACGUCCCCGACCAUCGGGUUCAACGUAGGAACUCUGGACCUGGACAAGAAGACAUCUCUGACUGUGUGGGACGUCGGAGGACAGAAGAGCAUGAGAUCCAACUGGAGGUACUACCUGAAUGACUGCAAGGCUCUGGUGUUUGUAGUGGACAGCAGUGAUUCUACCCGGAUCCGGGAGGCCCAGGAAGUCCUGAAGAAGGUCCUGGGUGACGAGAAGGUACGAGGCAUCCCUCUGAUGGUUCUGGCCAACAAGAUGGACCUGCCGAACUCCAUGAGCAUAGAAGAGAUCUCCAAACACCUGGAUCUGCCACGUUACAGUGACCGGCUGUGGGAGAUCCAGGCCUGCAGCGCUCUGCAGGGACUCGGCCUCCAGCAGGCCUUCAUGUCUGUCAGCAAACUCAUCAAGAAGAGCUGAUGAGGAGGAGGAGGAGGAGCAGGAGGAGGAGCAGCAGGAGGAGGAGGAGGAGCAGGAGGAGGAGCAUCAGCAGGAGCAGGCGGAGCAGGCGUCAGGUUGGCUCAGCUUUCUGUGGCAGUGUUUAAUAUCAGACUCACCGGUCCGUCCUGAGCGGUAGCCGUUUGCUUAACACCGGUGCUGGUCUAUGAGAGAGCGGCGUCUCUUGAUGUUUUUGUAUUGAACCCGAGGAUGUGGUCUGGGGUUCUUGUGAGUUCUGGACUCGUAGGUGGUUGACCAGCUGAUGACAUGUUGUGAUGCCCUGACUGGACUCUCUGACCCGCCUCCUGAUGAACGUGGCUGGUUGAUCAGGUCUGAAGGACUCGUGCUAACAGACGUGUGAUGUUGAAGUGUGUAGCCUCACGUGCCUCAGUGAGCUGAAUGUGAAUCCUCGGUUCGUACUCAGCCUGUGGGGCUAAAGGUGGAUAAUAAAGACAUUAUCAUUAAACUGGCGGUCACACCUUUAUUGUUUCAGCCAAUCAAAACACACUUUAAUUUUUACAUGAUCUCAGAGUCACUGUUCAGUCUGGACGGCAGAAGGUCUGGUUCUAAAAGGGGAAAAGUGUACCUGGGGUCCUUAGGGUCCUGAUCCUGAGCCUGAUCAGAACUAAUAGAGAUAAUAAUGGAUCGUUUGUGUGAAGGUGUGAAACAAUGUUAACAGUUCUGUUGCUUUAAUAGAGGAGAACCAGACCAUCAGGAACCUGAAGAACCUUCCUGCUGAUCAGUUCGAUCCGACCGAUCGUUGAUCCCAGCCGAGCUGAACUC